AUGGCAGGGGGCGGCCUGCUCCCCUCCCUGCCCACGCUGACCGUGCUCGUUCCUCUCCUGUCCCUAGCGGGCUUGUUCUACUCGGCCAGCGUGGAUGAAACCUUCCCUCAGGGCUGCACCAGCACCAACAGCUUGUGUUUCUACAGCCUCCUGCUUCCUGUCACGAUACCGGUUUAUGUGUUCUUCCACUUGUGGACUUGGAUGGGAAUUAAGCUUUUUAGGCACAAUUAGCACAGUGCCUCUGCUAACCCCCUUCUCUAGAGCAACGCAGUUUGUUUAAUUUAGCCAGGUCUCACAAUUGAUCUGAAACGUCUGUUGUGGCACUGGUGACUGUCAGCAUUUGCCUGGUGGUGUCUGAACUCUAUGCAGUCCUCUGCAAUAAACCUGUUACUUAAUUAAUGCAAAGGAAGAGAAGGAGGAGGAAUAACAAACGUUAUUUCUUUCUAGUGUAUCUCUUCGAGUUCUGCGUCUCUAAUGGCUACUGAAAAUGUACUAGGGGGUAACCAUCUGUGCUAGACAACUGCACCCUGACUGAAAUAACAUCAAAUAAUAAGCAGUGACAACAUGGGGUGGUACGAAUCUCUCUUUGGUUCAUAAGCUUUGAUAUUGUUUGCCUUGGCCUGAUGUAUUGAAAUGCAUUUGUCUUAGUGUCAGAGGAAUGUAAAAUAAAUUAGCUUAAUGUUUGAUAACA